CUGGCACGCCUCUUCGUUGGCUCUUAUAUAAUAUGGGGUUUCGCAGGGCACCGAUGUAGAAAUAAAGUCAAACAUUCUUGAGGCAGACUCAUAUUACUUGUCGUAUUGCUGGGGCUCACUUCGCUGUGGGGUGUAGGGCUGCUCUUGGAAGGGUGAUCUGUGGCCCUAUUUGAGUGAAUUUUGGAAGGCGUGCAGGAUGGCUCCUAACGAGACAGGGGAUGAACUUGUUUUCUUUGUGAAUGGUAAAAAGGUGGUGGAAAAAGAUGUGGACCCAGAAACAACCCUGCUAACCUAUCUACGAAGAAAAUUGGGCCUAUGUGGAACCAAACUAGGCUGUGGAGAAGGUGGAUGUGGUGCUUGCACUGUUAUGAUAUCCAAGUAUGAUCCCUUUAGGAAGAAAAUCCUCCACCAUACUGCCAAUGCUUGCCUCUUCCCUGUCUGUGCCCUGCAUCACGUAGCUGUAACUACUGUUGAAGGCAUAGGAAACACAAAAUCCAGACUGCACCCAGCCCAGGAGAGAAUAGCAAAAAGUCAUGGGUCCCAAUGUGGCUUUUGCACUCCAGGCAUUGUCAUGUCCAUGUAUACGCUGCUUCGAAACAAACCCGAGCCCAAAAUGGAGGACAUAGAAGAUGCUUUCCAAGGGAACUUGUGUCGGUGUACAGGAUACAGACCCAUUCUGGAAGGAUACAGGACAUUUGCUAAAGUAAGUGGACUUGAAUUGCUGUGGCAGAGUAGCCAAUGGCACUGGAUGCUGUCGCAGUGAGAGGGAAAAUAGCAUGAAUGGGGACUGCUGUGGAGGAAAAGCCAAUGGUCCAGGCUGUUGCAUGAAUGGAAAAGAAGACAAUGUGACAAUGAUGUCCUCCAGCCUGUUCAGUUCUUCUGAGUUCCAGCCACUGGACCCUACCCAGGAGCCAAUCUUCCCACCAGAGUUAAUGACUCAGAGUAACAAACAGCAGAAACAGCUGUGUUUCAAAGGCGAGCGUGUGACUUGGAUCCAGCCUACGACUCUCAAGGAACUGGUGGCUCUCAAAUCCCAGUACCCCAAUGCUAAGCUCGUUGUGGGGAACACGGAAGUGGGUAUUGAGAUGAGGUUAAAGAACAUGCUGUAUCCAGUGAUAAUAGCACCAGCAUGGAUCUCUGAAAUGAAUGCUGUUCAGCACACUGAAACAGGGGUCACCUUUGGCGCUGCCUGUACCCUGAGCUCAGUAGAGGAGGUGCUGAGAAAAACAGUGGCAGAGCUUCCUCCUUACAAAACAGAGGUCUUCCAGGCUGUCCUUGAGCAGUUACGGUGGUUUGCAGGGCCACAGAUCAGGAACGUUGCCGCUCUUGGAGGGAACAUAAUGACAGCAAGCCCAAUUUCUGACUUAAAUCCUGUGUUAAUGGCAAGUGGAAGCAAGCUGACUCUGGCAUCAAAUGAGGGCAAAAGGACUAUCACAAUGGAUGAGAAGUUUUUCACUGGAUACAGAAAGACAAUAGUUAAGCCUGAAGAGAUACUUCUCUCUGUUGAAAUCCCCUACAGCAGGAAGGGUGAAUACUUCUCAGCUUUCAAGCAGGCUUCCCGUCGAGAGGAUGACAUUGCUAUUGUGACCUGUGGGAUGAGAGUCCUGUUCCAAGAUGGCACUAACCGAGUGGAGGAGAUAAAACUAAGUUAUGGAGGAAUGGCUCCUACAACUGUCCUGGCACUAAAAACUUGCCAGGAGCUCACUGGCAGAGACUGGAAUGAGAAGCUGCUGCAGGAUGCCUGCCACUUACUGGCGGGUGAGAUGGAUCUGUCUCCUUCUGCACCUGGUGGGAUGGUGGAUUUCCGACGCACACUCACGCUCAGCUUCUUCUUCAAGUUCUACCUGACAGUCCUUCAGAAGCUAAGCAAGAACCACGAUGGCACUAAGAAUCUGUGUGAGCCGGUCCCCUCGAACUACAUCAGUGCUACAGAGCUGUUUCACAAAGAUCCCAUUGCAAAUGCCCAGCUCUUCCAAGAAGUGCCCAAGGGGCAGGCAGUUGAAGAUAUGGUGGGUCGGCCCCUGAUGCACGUUUCAGCAGCCAAACAAGCAUGUGGAGAAGCUGUUUACUGUGAUGACAUCCCUCACUAUGAGAAUGAGCUGUAUCUGACGCUGGUGACCAGCACCAAAGCCCACGCUAAGAUCCUUUCUAUAGAUGCAUCUGAAGCUCAGAGUGUUCCUGGGUUUGUGUGUUUUGUCUCCGCCAAGGAUGUUCCUGGCAGUAACAUCACUGGCAUUGCUAAUGAUGAGACUGUCUUUGCCGAGGACUUGGUCACUUGUGUUGGUCAUAUCAUCGGUGCAGUUCUUGCAGACACACAAGAACAUUCCAGAAGAGCAGCUAAAGCUGUGAAGAUUAAGUAUGAAGAGCUCAAACCUGUUGUUACCAUUCAGGAAGCUAUUGAGAAACAAUCCUUUUUUAAGUCUAUAAAGAGGAUUAAGAAGGGAGACGUGAAGAAAGGAUUUGAGGAGUCUGAUCACAUUUUGGAAGGAGAGAUGUACCUUGGUGGGCAGGAGCACUUCUAUCUGGAAACUCACUCCACUGUUGCUGUGCCAAAGGGAGAAGAUGGUGAGAUGGAGCUCUUUGUGUCGACCCAAAACCUAAUGAAGACGCAGGAGCUUGCUGCUAAUGCACUGGGAGUCCCUUCAAAUCGGAUUGUGGUUAGAGUGAAAAGAAUGGGAGGAGGAUUUGGAGGAAAAGAGACUAGGAAUACCAUCUUGACAACUGCAGUGGCUGUUGCAGCCUUCAAAACUGGGCGCCCAGUAAGGUGCAUGCUAGAUCGAGAUGAGGACAUGCUGAUAAGUGGUGGGAGACAUCCUUUCCUGGGAAGGUACAAGGUUGGUUUCAUGAAGAAUGGGAAAGUCAAGAGUCUGGAGGUGUCAUACUACAGCAAUGGGGGCAACUCUGUAGACCUCUCUUACGGUGUUAUGGACAGAGCCCUGUUACACCUGGAUAACUCCUACAACAUCCCCAAUGUCAGCAGCGUGGGCAUUGUUUGCAAGACCAACUUGUCUUCCAACACAGCCUUCCGUGGCUUUGGAGGGCCCCAAGGAAUGAUGAUCGCUGAGUGCUGGAUGAGUGACCUUGCUAGGAAGUGUGGCCUGCCACCUGAGGAGGUGCGGAAGCUCAAUCUUUAUAAUGAAGGAGACCUGACUCAUUUUAACCAAAAGCUGGAGGGAUUUACUCUAAGAAGGUGCUGGGAUGAAUGUUUGUCAAGCUCCAGCUAUCAUGCCAGGAAGAAACUAAUUGAAGAAUUCAACAAGCAGAAUCGCUGGAAGAAGAGAGGAAUGUGCAUCAUUCCCACCAAAUUUGGCAUCAGUUUCACUGUCCCAUUUCUGAAUCAGGCUGGAGCUCUGGUCCAUGUGUAUACAGAUGGCUCUGUGUUACUUACACAUGGAGGGACUGAGAUGGGUCAAGGACUUCACACCAAAAUGAUUCAGGUUGCUAGCAGGUCACUUGGCAUCCCCACCUCCAAAAUUUACAUCAGUGAGACCAGCACAAACACUGUCCCAAAUACCUCCCCAACAGCCGCAUCUGUCAGCGCAGACAUCAAUGGAAUGGCUGUCCACAAUGCAUGUCAGACUAUCUUAAAAAGACUUGAGCCAAUCAAACAGUCUAAUCCCAAAGGAUCCUGGGAAGACUGGAUUAAAGCCGCCUAUGAGAACUGUGUUAGCCUGUCGGCCACGGGGUUUUAUAGAAUUCCUGACCUUGGCUACGACUUUGAAAAGAAUGAAGGGAAACCAUUCUACUACUUCAGUUAUGGUGUUGCUUGCUCUGAGGUUGAGAUAGAUUGCCUGACAGGUGACCACAAGAACAUUCGCACAGACAUUGUUAUGGAUGUUGGUACUAGUCUGAACCCAGCCAUAGAUAUAGGACAGAUAGAAGGAGCAUUUGUCCAAGGCCUUGGGCUCUUCACCAUGGAGGAGCUGCGCUAUUCUCCUGAAGGGAAUUUGUACACUCGAGGGCCUGGGAUGUACAAAAUCCCAGCGUUUGGAGACAUCCCAACAGAAUUCUAUGUGUCUCUUCUCCGUGACUGUCCAAACAGCAAGGCAGUUUAUUCAUCCAAGGCUGUGGGAGAGCCACCUCUGUUCCUGUCUGCCUCAGUGUUUUAUGCCAUUAAAGAUGCCAUCUACUCAGCAAGGAAGGAAUCUGGCCUGACUGAACCAUUCAGACUGGACAGUCCUGCCACCCCAGAGAGGAUCCGCAAUGCUUGCGUGGACGUCUUCACCAAAAUGUGCCCUUCUGCUGAGCCCGGGACCUUUAAGCCAUGGUCUGUGCGUGUGUAAAAGGGAAGUUUGAUGAGCAAACUCUCCUAAAGAAACUGAGCUUACACCAGAGGGACCACAAGGCUGAAGGCAGUAGGACUAUAAUGGAAAAAAAAAAAAAAAUCUAUGUUCAUGUGGCUCAUCCACUGAUUCAUGGAGCUUUCACAUUUAAUUGUCCAAUCAUUGUUUUCUCUAGGAGAGGGUAUUGCUGCUAGAUUAUAGCUGUGAUGUAAAUUCAAAUGAAGAGAAAGUGGAAGGUGAUGUUAUCUAGGUGUAAUUGAAAAAAAUCUUUCAGGUUUCAUUUAAAUUUGCUGCAAGGAUGGG